CAAAUUCAAAUUCCAUCAAAUUUUCAAAUUUCCAAAAAAAAAAAAAAAUAAAAAAAUAAACGUGAGGGAGUCGACAGGCGCAAGUUAGGAAUGAGGAUAGAAGUGAGGGAGUCGACAAUGGUGAAGGCGGCGCAGGAGAUUCCAUCUUCGAAGAGGAGGCUGUGGAACUCGAACGUGGACCUGGUGGUUCCGAGCUUCCACACACCCAGCGUCUACUUUUACAGACCCAAUGGUUCGCCCAAUUUCUUUGAACCCCAUGUGCUAAAAGACGCCCUGAGCAGAGCCCUCGUGGCGUUCUAUCCCAUGGCUGGACGGCUGGCUCGUGACGAUGAUGGGCGUAUCGAAAUCGAUUGUAACGAUGAAGGAGUGUUGUUUGUGGAAGCAGAAAGUGAUAGUUGUGUCGAUGAUUUUGGGGACUUUGCGCCUACGCUGGAGCUUCGGCAGCUCAUUCCCGCCGUCGAUUAUUCUAAAGGGAUUUCAUCGUAUCCUAUUCUCGUCUUGCAGGUGACGUAUUUCAAAUGUGGGGGAGUGUCCCUCGGUGUUGGUAUGCAACAUCACGUAGCAGAUGGAUCUUCUGGUCUCCACUUUGUCAACACAUGGUCUGAUAUUGCUCGUGGUCUUGACCUCACAAUUCCACCGUUCAUUGACCGGACCCUGCUCCGUGCCCGGGACCCACCACAACCUGCUUUCCACCACAUUGAAUACCAGCCCCCUCCUUCCAUGAAAGUCGAUCCUCAAUCAACAAAGCCCGAAUCAGUUCCUGAGGCAACGGUUUCCAUUUUCAAAUUAACCAAGGACCAACUCAACACUCUCAAAGCCAAGUCGAAGGAAGAUGGGAACAUGGUCAAUUACAGCUCGUAUGAAAUGCUUGCAGGACAUGUGUGGCGAUCGGUGUGCAAGGCACGGGGACUACCAGAUAAUCAAGAAACCAAGAUGUACAUCGCGACAGAUGGACGGUCCAGAUUAAGACCUGCACUACCACCGGGCUACUUUGGCAAUGUGAUUUUCACCACCACGCCUCUGGCUAUAGCCGGUGAUCUCCAAUCAAAGCCAACAUGGUAUGCCGCAAGUCGAAUUCACGAUGCAUUAGUACGGAUGGACAAUGAUUAUCUAAGAUCCGCUCUUGAUUACUUGGAACUACAGCCCGAUUUAAAGGCGCUCGUUCGUGGAGCCCACACUUUCAAGUGCCCAAACCUCGGGAUCACCAGUUGGGUUAGGCUGCCGAUUCAUGACGCGGAUUUUGGUUGGGGCCGGCCUAUUUUCAUGGGACCGGGCGGGAUUGCAUAUGAAGGCUUAGCCUUUGCAUUGCCGAGUCCAACCAAUGAUGGGAGCUUAUCGGUGGCGAUUUCGCUCCAAACAGAACAUAUGAAACUCUUUGAGAAGUUCUUGUUUGACAUAUAAAGGAUUGAAUCAUCCGACAAUGUCGUGCUGGUUAAUCGAGCCGGUCGAUUUAUGAUACAUUUAUAUUGCCAAAACAAUUUUCCAUUGGUCGUAUUUUUUCCUUUGUUUUUUUUGGGUACAUUAUUUAUGUUUAUUGUGAACCUGGACAAUUCUUUUUUAUUUCAGUUGAAAUGUGUUUAUGAAAUAUAACAGGAAAAUGCAACGUGGAUGCAAAGAACUUUGAGUUCAUUGUAUAA